AAUUAGUGAAUACACUGCAUCUCUCUGCAGUGGAGAGAAGCGACAAGGUAGGCUGUCAUUCUGCAAAAGCUGCCCGGAACAGGCUUUCCUCUGAAAAGCAGUGCCGUUCCUUUUUAGAAAGACUGAAUCUAAAUGUUGUCUCUGGAGACAAGAAGCCUUCAGUAUGUUAAAUUACUUUCAUUAUGUAUUUUCAGAUGCUUAUUGAUUCCACAGUAGGAAGAGUGAGAGACUGCAGCAGCCUCUAAGCAGCACUACAUGUUCCAUACAUUAGCAGUACUGCUGAAACAAUGGCACACUACAGACACAUAUUUUCAUUAAGGUCAUUUUCGAAGAGAUGUUUAUGACCCUCUUCCCCCAGUCCUCUACUAACAAGUGAACAAAAUGAAUCAAUCCAAACUGGAAAUGCUUCAACUACAUCAAGAAUUUAUCAAAUCUUUAGCAGAGGGCCGAUAGCAGCUAAUUCAGUAUUUACAACUGACAAUAUGAAGAAUGCAAUUGACUGAGCAUCUCCCUAGCUGUCUGAACUACGAACUGCAAGAUGUUCUUGUAACACGACUUUAAGACAUUAAGGAGUUAAAACCAGGGAAUAGGUCUACAUUACUGAUGGAAUAUAAAAAAUCAACUGUAUCCUAAGAAGAUGCUACAUAAAAUAACCACAAAAAGAAAAACAAUAUAACUGUAAAAGCCUGAAAAGAAUUUUUAAAAGGGGAAGUUUAUACUUGCAUAUACCAGAAUUGUGGAAGUUACUGAUUCCGGAAGACAUAAUGAAAUAUGAAUUUCCAAAAAGAAAAGAAAAUACUUUAUCAGCACACAAAAGGAAGAUUUAGGAAGUGUUUUCUGCACUAAAUAUUCAGAUAUUCAUAUCAAUUGGUAUGACUAAUGGAUUCUUCUAUCUGACUUUUAUGACCAAUUAUGUAUCCUCUUCUAAUGAAAACAAAAUUAAACAGCAGAUGGUUUUUAUCAAAAGGACAUGGCCUGGAUUUAUAAUAUAAAGCAAGUUAUGUGAUCAAGAAAUCAUUUCAAAAUAGUGAGCACUGCUAUUAAAAACAGAUUUACAAUGGUAACAAAAGGAUGUCUAAAUAUAUUUUAGAAGCUACAAACCUUAUGUUUCCUUUUUUGUUUUCACAUAUUCUGGAAAAUAAAGAAAUAUUAUCAUGUACUCCAUCAAAGGGAAACAUAAUUCCUAUCAUCUGAGGAAAUUCCUCUUGGCCGUGACUUUUUAAAGCAAAACAAAUACAAAUAUUAUGUACUGUUCUUUAGAAAUCCAACAGCCAACUAAAUCUCAUAAUGCAUGCAGUUGAAGUAUUGGAGAGAAAACGAAAGAAUUCCUACAAGACAUGAAAUAAAACACAGCUACUUCACUGUUGUCAGGGAAAAAAACCAACUGCUCCAAAAGAAUGUGUUUUUCUCCCAUUCUGGAAAUCAACAUGCAGUCUGAAUCUAACAUUACAGUGCGAGAUGACAUUGAUGACAUCAACACCAAUAUGUACCAACCACUAUCAUAUCCGUUAAGCUUUCAAGUGUCUCUCACCGGAUUUCUUAUGUUAGAAAUUGUGUUGGGACUUGGCAGCAACCUCACUGUAUUGGUACUUUACUGCAUGAAAUCCAACUUAAUCAACUCUGUCAGUAACAUUAUUACAAUGAAUCUUCAUGUACUUGAUGUAAUAAUUUGUGUGGGAUGUAUUCCUCUAACUAUAGUUAUCCUUCUGCUUUCACUGGAGAGUAACACUGCUCUCAUUUGCUGUUUCCAUGAGGCUUGUGUAUCUUUUGCAAGUGUCUCAACAGCAAUCAACGUUUUUGCUAUCACUUUGGACAGAUAUGACAUCUCUGUAAAACCUGCAAACCGAAUUCUGACAAUGGGCAGAGCUGUAAUGUUAAUGAUAUCCAUUUGGAUUUUUUCUUUUUUCUCUUUCCUGAUUCCUUUUAUUGAGGUAAAUUUUUUCAGUCUUCAAAGUGGAAAUACCUGGGAAAACAAGACACUUUUAUGUGUCAGUACAAAUGAAUACUACACUGAACUGGGAAUGUAUUAUCACCUGUUAGUACAGAUCCCAAUAUUCUUUUUCACUGUUGUAGUAAUGUUAAUCACAUACACCAAAAUACUUCAGGCUCUUAAUAUUCGAAUAGGCACAAGAUUUUCAACAGGGCAGAAGAAGAAAGCAAGAAAGAAAAAGACAAUUUCUCUAACCACACAACAUGAGGCUACAGACAUGUCACAAAGCAGUGGUGGGAGAAAUGUAGUCUUUGGUGUAAGAACUUCAGUUUCUGUAAUAAUUGCCCUCCGGCGAGCUGUGAAACGACACCGUGAACGACGAGAAAGACAAAAGAGAGUCUUCAGGAUGUCUUUAUUGAUUAUUUCUACAUUUCUUCUCUGCUGGACACCAAUUUCUGUUUUAAAUACCACCAUUUUAUGUUUAGGCCCAAGUGACCUUUUAGUAAAAUUAAGAUUGUGUUUUUUAGUCAUGGCUUAUGGAACAACUAUAUUUCACCCUCUAUUAUAUGCAUUCACUAGACAAAAAUUUCAAAAGGUCUUGAAAAGUAAAAUGAAAAAGCGAGUUGUUUCUAUAGUAGAAGCUGAUCCCCUGCCUAAUAAUGCUGUAAUACACAACUCUUGGAUAGAUCCUAAAAGAAACAAAAAAAUUACCUUUGAAGAUAGUGAAAUAAGAGAAAAAUGUUUAGUGCCUCAGGUUGUCACAGACUAGAGAAAAGUCUAAGUUUCACCAAAUCCACAUUCAAAUGAGUUUUAAAUUUAAAUUGUAAAAACUGAUAUUACUGCCAAAUAUAAGAAAAAUAUUUUAAGUAUUGGUUAUGUUGUAAAUUCUCAAUGUGAAUGUCAAUUAGAUAGGUCAUAUAUAUUCAAUUUCUUCAUUACUUAAUGUAUUUGUUGCAUGGCAGUUUGUUAGAGUACUAUCAUGUGUAUAUUUUGUCAAUAUUAUGUCCAACAGAAAAUAUUCAUGUAAGUCAUAUUUUUUAAGGAAUAAAUACAUAGCCUUAAAACAGUGUAUAACUUUAAAAUGUAACUGACAUAGGUAUCCUUGCUUUAUUUUUUAAGUUAAAAUGCAUUGUUUCUAAGCCACAAACUACAGAUAUAUUUAGAUUACAACUGGAGUAGCAUUUUAAUCUAAAAACCAAAAUUAUGGGCUCAAAACAAUCCAGUAUUUUCCAUACCACUAUGCUAUGUUUCCUGGUAUAGUGUAUUUGCUAUAUUUGAUGCAUCAAAAAUAAUUAAGUACGUAUGAAGCUUUAUUCUUUUAAAUGUAAAAAAUCAUAGAAUUUAUCAAAAUUUUAAAAUUAAUGAACCAAAAAAACCUCUGUAUACACACCAAAAUAGAGAAACUUUAAAAUUCAUGUUUACUAGGAAAAAAAAGAUUGAUUUUCUAAGUUCAAGGACAGUAUGCCUAUAAUAUACAAAUGAAAUGAAAAUAAAGGGAAGGAAGAAUACUAAAACACCAGCCUCUUUCUUCCUUCCUCACUUUGCUUAAGUCUAAGCCAAAUGCUCUGGAUUAAUAUAGUGCAAUGAUUUAAAAAAAAAAAAAAAAAAGAACAGUUCAUCAAAAUAAGCUGACUUCCUAACUUUAUUCAACUCAGCUCUUUUGUAUAAUAGAAAGUUAACUACCCAAAUC